GUCUCGCAGCUUGGCCAUCGUUAAUCGGCUGACUGCUGCUCAAGCGAGUGACCUGCGUAUGAAAGAGUUUGUUACAAACGACGUGGCUGAGCAAGCUACAGUUGAGAAUUCACCGAGCUUGGCAGCUGUGGCUGCACAAAACGUACAGGCUCUGCAGCAGAUUCCGUCCAGGGCAUUGCCUGUGCAGACGGCGGUUUGGCUGAGAGACAAAGGGAGAGCAGUUUUAAGCGAUGAAGAUAGGGCCGCGGGUGCGGCGUGCGGUGCGGCUAGGGCAUCUGCGCUGCGUUACAGGCUUGCUGCGCGGGAGAGCUAG